AUGCGUUACUGGGUGGAUGAUUCUUCGUUUGAACGUACCGAAUUUCAACGAUAUACUCAACAAGCUCUUAUCAUCAACCAAUUGUUCGGAGUUGUGCCAUACCCGCUAGAAGGUUUCCCACCAAAUUCUUCUAACCGUAUCAGCCAGUAUAGGGAUUAUUUCCUGAGAUUUCUUCAGUAUGCUGGAACGUUCGCGCUGUACAUAACACAUAUAUAUUGUGCUUAUCAUAUGCUUAGAAUUCAGUCCAGAAAAGAAAUUUCAUUCUUUAUGCGCAUUCUGUACGAUAUACAGAAAAUCACGUCGAUCAUCAACUUAACCUUGAUCUUCUGUGGAUGCCAUUACUCUAGAACAAAGUUCCAUACAUUUGCAGAUCGCCUCAUGAAUCUAAUACAGGGGUUUUAUUUACCUAAUGGUGAUCAUAUUCUUGAACGAUCAGUUAAAAAGCACCAGUGCAACAUUCUUAUUGGAACAUUACUAAUAUUUAUUUGUAUGAUCUGCGAUAUAAUCAGCAGACCUUCAAUAAUUGACAGCUGUAUUUCUAUGGGAGCUUUCAUAUUACCAACCUGGAUCACACUGAUUGCAUUAACUCCAUUCAGCUACAUGGUAAACAUAAUGGAGGAUGUUUGCAAAAGCACAAAUAUCACACUGAAAAACAUUGUUCGCGAUCAGGACUCACGCGCAAGCGCUGAUGCAUUAUACAAACUUGAGUUUCUGCAGCAGAAGAUGUUAGCAAUAAAUCAUCUGCUCUAUGAUUCUGCAAACGUUUACGGUUACCUGUUUCUUAACAUAUUAUUUUCCUCGAUAGCCAUAAACAGUGUACAGUUUUGGGAACUUUACCAAUUUUGCCACCGGAAACAGGUAUCAAUCGAAAAUAUAUCGUUCGCUAUCUAUUGUGCUUUGUGGAUUCUGCUAUCUAUAGUACAGCUUGUGCUGUUCCUGAAUCCAAACCACCAGGUGAUCUAUCAGAUAAGAAAAAUAAGACUCACCAUUUGUAGGAUCACUCGACGUGAAUUGGUGGAAAUGGCUGGAAAUUUUUUGGAUCAAUUACUUCUACAGGAAACACGUUUUCUAGCAUGUGGAAUCGCUGAAUUGGAUCUUAGCAUUUUAGUUAAGAUAUCUGGUGCUGUUACUACAAACCUGGUUUUAUUAAUACAGAACGAUACACACGUGGAAUGA